AAAGAAUUGGAUCAGAUGUUAGAAAUAGGGAUAGUUAGACCCUCAACUAGCCUUUGGGCAUCGCCUGUAGUAAUAGUUCCAAAACCAGAUGGAAAUAUUCGAUUUUGUGUCGAUUAUCGUAAAUUAAAUCGCGUAACCAAAAUGAACGCAUACCCUAUGCCACGCACAGAUCAAAUGCUCGAAAAGAUUGCUAAAGCUAAGUUUAUUUCUACUAUUCCUUUAACUAAAGGGUAUUGGCAAAUUCCUUUAGACGAUCAAGCAAUUCCCAAGUCAGCAUUUAUUACCCCCCGAGGUUUAUUUGAAUUUACCGUUAUGCCUUUUGGCAUGAAAACGGCACCCGCCACUUUUCAACGAAUGAUGCGGGAUAAAGUAUUACAGGACUUGGAAUCCUUUGCCGACGCUUAUAUUGACGAUGUGGAGGUAUACAUAUACAACUUUUGAAGAACAUAUAUUACAUCUUAGGGAAGUUCUCGAAAGAUUACGUAAAGCUAAAUUGCGUGCAAGGCCCUCUAAAUGUAAGAUCGCUAAGGCCGUUGUAGAUUUUGUUGGUCACCGGGUUGGUAGGGACACUAUAAAACCUCGAGAUGCGUUACGAAACGUACGAAAACGAGAGCGCCCGCGAACAAGUACCAUAGAGAAAUUUCCUAGACCUGAAACCAAGAAACAAGUUCGUUCAUUUUUGGGACUUACUGGGUACUAUCGUAGGUUUAUAAAAAACUAUGCAGAUAUUGCGAUUCCUUUGGCUUUGACUAACCUGACGAAAAAAACUGAGCCUACACGUGUACGAUGGACGGCUGCUUGUGAGAGAGCAUUUAAUGAAUUAAAAUCUCUUUUGAAGUCUCCCCCAAUUCUAAGGCCCCAUCAUUGGGAUGAAUUGUUUAUUUUACAAGUGGAUGUUUCAGAUUAUGGUGUAGGAGCCAUACUUUGUCAGUUAGAUAAUGAAGGUCAGGAUCACCCUGUUGUGUUUGCCAGUAGGAAGUUACAGCCUAAAGAAAUGAAGUUGUCUACAACUGAGAAAGAGUGCUUAGCGAUAGUUUGGGCAGUUGAGAUAUUUAGGUAUUAUCUGUUUGGAAGAAAAUUUAUCCUUCAAACGGAUCAUAACCCUUUAGUUUGGUUAAACCAGGUUAAAAACAAGAAUAUGAAAUUACUGCGAUGGAGUUUAACCCUUCAGGAAUAUGACAUCGAAUUAGAACAUAAGUGUGGAGAGAAGCAUGUGAAUGUGGAUGCGCUUAGUAGAAUGCCAUAA